GGGAUCCAUAGCCGCCGAGAAUCUCCGGCCUUAGCUGCUCUGACUUGCUUUUACCAACUUCGUUGGUUUGACUUUCGUGCUACUUUAUCGCGUCAUGCUCUUGGCUGUGAUUUUGCCUUUCAUCACGCCAGCUGACACAGGAACUAGGUUUCCAUCACUGAGUAGCACGUUAAGUUUUGGAUCGUGCCCAUACUAACAAAAUGGCCCCAGCAAUGUCGUACGUGCUUCUUGUCUUCGGAGUGGCCAUUCUGCCCGCAGUGAACGGACAGUGCAUCAACGUUACACUCCCCAACAUCCUCAACUUGGGAGAGUGCCUUGGAACUACACUGAGAGCCUGUCCUGACACAUCGGCGGGCCUGGUACCAGACCUCACUCGUCUCCUCGGGUGUGUGCUCCAGAUUCUGCCUCAGGUUGCGAGCCCUGUCUCCGUGCUCUUCAACGUCGUCGGGCUCCUCGAAGCAGUUCUGGCUAGACUGGGACUGUCUGGUGACAUCGGUGGUCUCGCGAACAUCCUCUGCCGUCCCCUCGGAAUUCCACUGUUCAGCUGCGGCACGUUCAGUCCAGGAAACAUCGCCUGCCAGGAACCUCUGCAGAUCAGCCUGCCCAGCGUUUUCAACGUGGGAGCGUGUCUGAACCGGACCCUGCUGUUCUGCGCAGCCGGAUCAACAAUUUCUGACCCCAUCCUCAGGGAACUGUUGCAAGCAGUCGGAUGCAUUCUGAGCGUGGCCCCGGAGGGUCUGCAACUGGACCUUGUCUCAAGCCUGGUGUGCCCCCUGGUGGACAUCCUCAAUUCAUCCCUGAACGAGUUCACCUCGCUGCUUCCAUUCCGAUUCCUGACGCGAGGUAUCACCAACGCCGUCAACUCGCUCACCAACAAUCUGCUCGGGGCUGUCGGUAACUGUAAUAACUGACACUGAAGGACCAACUGCGGCUGGAUUGAGCCUGCCUGCCGGAAAGAGGAUGGGAAUCAGGCAGACGUCGGCGUCAUUAACAGGGUCAGACCGGAGCUGUCGUAGUCGCCCACUAUAGAUCUGAGGUCGGGAGCCAUCGCUACGAGAACAGCCAGCAGCCAUGAUGUCCCCUUCGAAAUAUGGCUUCUUGGAUGUGCAUCACGCCAAAGAAAUAAGAAACUGAAUAUGUUACAGAAUACGCGGUUGGCCAAACAGCCAUCGAAAAGCUGUGUCAUCAACACAAGGCCAAGCCGCUCGCCGUGUGGCUUGCAGCCAUCCGAAGACCACGAGGAAACACUAAUGACUGCCGGCCUCCGUCUUAAUCACAGAUUCAGUUUACUCUAGAUUCAUUAAGCUUUUGUUAAAUAAAAGAAAUUUUCUUCUCAA